CAGGACCCAAGCCAAGAUAGAGAAACAUCUUUGUCAUCUUCUGUAUGGAACCUGCUGACAUGGCCGAUCAUGGGGCUGAUGAGCUGUCCUCCGGGACAGGGAGUCCGGACGGGGAAGGUCGGGUCUCUGCAGACAGAUCGUUGCUCCAUCAGAGGCUGGCCGUCAGGGAGCUCAUCGACACGGAGGUCUCCUACUUGCACAUGCUCCAGCUCUGUGCCUCGGACAUCAGGAGCCGCCUGCAGCAGCUGCCGCAGGGAGAUCUGGAUGUCCUGUUCUCAAACAUCGAUGAUAUCAUAAAGGUGAACAGCAGAUUUCUUCAUGAUCUGCAGGAGACAGCCUCCAGGGAAGAGGAACAGGUGCAGCUAAUUGGUAACGUAUUCCUGGAAUUCCAAGAGGAGUUGGAGCAAGUCUACAAGGUCUACUGUGCCAGCUACGACCAGGCCUUGCUGCUGGUGGACGCUUACCGGAAGGAGCCAGAGCUGCAGCGGGAGAUCCAGGGCAUCGUUGAGGCAGUGGUAUGGUGUCUGUCCCCCCGCCAGCUGCCCCACCACCACAUCCCUGAGCCGGCCUUCAGGAAGCUGGUGGAGGAUGCACUAGGACAGAGCAGUCACCAGCUUCACUCCUUUCAAAAGAACUUCGAGAAAGUGCAGCCACCUCCCACCAUACAACCGCUCCUUCCAGGGGCUGAACGCCAGGUGCAGGCUCUCCUGAGCAGGUAUGGCCCGGGAAAGCUGUACCAGGUGACAAACAACAUCAGCGGGGCUGGGACUCUGGACCUGACACUGCCACGGGGCCAAAUUGUGGCCCUCCUUCAAAACAAGGACACCAAAGGCAACAGCGGCCGCUGGCUGGUGGACACUGGGGGACACCGAGGGUACGUGCCAGCUGGGAAACUGGAGCUGUACCGUGUCGUCCCCAGGGAGGAGGAGCUCACAGGGCAGGUGGGGCCUCACCAGGACUCCCGUCGUCUAACACAAGAGCCCACCCCAGCCCCGGUCCCCUCUGUCCCCACCGUGACCCAGGUGGUGGCAGUGUACCCCUUUGUGGCCAGAAGCAGCCAUGAAGUGAGUCUGCAGGCAGGCCAGCCGGUGACUGUCCUGGAGGCCCAGGACAAGAAGGGGAACCCGGAGUGGAGCCUUGUGGAAGUGAACGGACAGCGGGGAUAUGUGCCCUCCAGCUUCCUGGCCAGGGCACCAGGCCCGGCUCCGUGGGGCUGGAGUCUGCCCUCUUAGGGUGCCCUCUUUGGAGUCCAUGUUGCCAAGGGAUGGAGGAGGCUUAGAGAUUGUGACCCCAGGAGGGAAGAGAAGCAAAGAGAAGGCAGGGGUGGAAGGGGAGAUCAGGCGAGGGUGGGGUGAAGGGCAGCCAGAAGGCAGCCAAAAGAGGAGGGGGGCCUUGCAGACUGCCUGGCGUGGGUGGGCAUGAAAGGCUCCAGCCAGGACCCCUCAUUAUGUCUGCUUAAGAAGUCGUUCCAACCUGGAGUCACACACCCUGGAUGGCAGGUCAAGUUGAUAAAGACUUGUCAUAGCUAAUGGCCAACUACUUGUGCCCCCAUCCGGGCCC